GAGUUUAUACUGCCAUCUACAGGAAACUGUAUAAUAUUUCGUCCAAAUGAACUUUUGGUGUGAGGAUCAGGGAAACAUUUCGCUGAACUUUCCGCGUUUCAAGUGCCAUCUACAGGAAACAUGACGGUACAAGACUUCAACCAGGGGGGGUCGGAAUUAGGCACAACAUCGUGCUGUACGACUUGUCCAUGUUAUUUUGAUGUGUAUAUAGACAGCCACUGAAAAGAGUGAAAGCAAAAGCAAAAGCAAAAAUUGUAAAACUCUGCGCACCUCUGCCCUGCAGUUAUGUCCACUUCCUCUUCAUCUAUGGGUGUGGCAGAUGAACUGUUGGAUAAGUUAUUCCAUUUGAUUGAUCAGCAGGAGCGGUAUGCAGAUGAUAUCAUGGCUUUGGCCACUGAACUAAAGGACAUGAGGCAGGUGAUAACUAUAGGCCAGUGUGUGGGAAACUCAGCAGGUGUGCUUGGGUCUGCCACUCUCAUUGCAACAGGCAUUGCAACUUUACUGACUGGAGGCCUGGCUGCACCUGUUCUGAUAAUAGCAGCCGGUGUCACAGCUGGAACAGGUGCUGUAACCAGUCUUACACUUUUUUUGUUUGAGAAAUGGAAAUCCAGCGAAAAAAUGAAAAAUGCAGAGGCAACCUUCAAACAAAUUGAAAAGCUUUGGAAGAAUAUUGAAAUGCUUCAAAAGAAACUGUCAGAGGAGUGCGAGAGUCAAGUCCUUAAUGGACUUGAUCCAGUGAUGUCCUUCUCCAUUGAAGUGCAGUUUGAAAUCACAGCGAGGCUCCUGGAAGCCUUGGCCAGAAGGAGUGGAAGGGAUCUGCCCAUCAGUCACCUGAGGAACCUUAUGAGAACUAGUGGCAUGCACACACAUAGAUGUGAAGUGUUAAACCCAAACAUUUUCUUCAAAAAUAUCAGUUGUUUGCUAACAUUUCUUGGAUUUUCCUACAUCUUUCUGAGCACAACAAAAAGAGGAACAAAAUUUUAUACUCCAUUUCUUGUGAAAACUGCAUUAAAGGGAAUGGGCCAGGUUGCAGGAGGACUUAUUGGUCUGGCACUUACACUUCCUGAUCUGGUUAAGAACUGUGAAGAAUUGAUUAAAAAGGAACAUGAGACUGAAGCUAGUGAAUAUUUGAAGAAAAAGGCUAAUGAAAUUCGUGAGAAUGUAGAAAAAUUAAGGAGGAAACUGGAUGAAUUACAAGAAAUCCUCAAUCAAAUCCCAUGAAAUGGAACAUCUAUGGCAUCAAUUUAAAUUUAAAAAACAUUGAGAAAGAUGGAGCAAGGAUUAGAGUGAGAAACUGGUCUGAAUAUCUACACAUCAAUUAGGAACAACCUGACGAAAAGACUCCACCAUUUGUAAGAAAGAUUAUAUGUAAUUAUUUAUAUCAUUAUUUAUAUAACAGAUGACAUUACAUUAUCACACAUUUUUAUAUUUACAUUUCUAAAUGUACCUCAAGUUAAUAAGUUUUAAUACUCUAAUCAACAUAGUCAA